UUAAAAGCAGUGUCAAUGGACAGCCUUAAGCAUCCACUCAAAGAGGCAGUGUGAUGUGAUUAAAACAUUUUGGCAUUUUUUUCAACAAAUCUUUGAACAUUUUCUUGCAAAGAUGGGAAACACGUUUUGCCCUUCCGACGAAGUCUCAUAUAUGUCAUCUAUUGCUCGAGACGUCUGCCCUUUCCCGGACUACACCCCCAGUCCUCUGUUUACCAACAUGCUGUCUAUCAACUCUUCACUUCAUCUGAGCAACCACUACACAGCCGUGCAGUCCUCCCUGAAUCCAAAGCAGCUGGAGGACUUCACCCAGAGCCUGAGGAGCACUUUUGGCAAGGAGGGCAGAGUCAGUUAUGGGGGUGUGGGGGUGGUGGCCCUGUCCCUGGCUGUGCUGUUUGACACUCUUGCUAAACAGGCAAAGGGAGAGCAGGUGUCAGACUCAGGGCCAAUUCCAGGUUUAUUCAUAAAAGACGUGAGAGGUUACUACUCACCACUUGUCCACACGAUUAGUGAGUACCUGAGGCUGGUUCCCCACAUUGCAAACAAUCCCACCAGGAUGAGAGAGGAGGCAAAGAGGUACCUGUUGCAAAUUAAAAUUGACUACCUUUCACUGGAAAAAAUGAAAGAAGACCCAAGUUUCCAAUUAAACAAGUCAAGUUUACCAUUCAUGCAAGACACAGCAGUAAUGAAUUUGGCCAUGGCUGUGGUGUUUUCAAAAGUACUGAGGACACACUACCUGAAUAUUAACGGCACCGAGAGUGAUGAGAUAAUGAAGUUUAAUCCACAACUGAAUGACCCCCCUACCUAUAAUCUCAACUGUGACCCGGAGACAGCUGAUAAAGAAUUUGUGGCUGCAGCGCAAAACUUGCCCGCUGGCUUUCAAAACGCUUUCAAAAACAAACUGCCACAAUCAACUCCAUUCCUGAUCCAGGCCGCUGAAGCAGAUUCCUGGAAUUCAAUGUUUCUUCUUUCAAGUUGUAGCCUGGGAGAUGUUGAAUCAAGAUCUCCAUACAGAGAAGAUUUUGACUUGAAGGCCAACGCACUCUGGAAAUGGAAUGUGUAAUGAAAAAAUAGGUAAAUUUAAAUUGUAGCUUCACUCAAGGAUGACAACAUGGAGCAAAGGAGUCAGAAAGAUAUUUGUUUUGAAUGUCUGCAGUUCCUCUUACUGGAGUGAUCUGCUUGUUUUUUUGUGACUGUUUAAUAACAUGGUACUGAAACUAUGCCCAGUUUAGUGAAUCAAUAUCUUAUUAAGUGGCUGUUUUGCAAAUUCAGCUUCAACCACUCAAAGUUGGUUGACCAGGAAACUGGUCCACUGCAAAGUGUCUAGUCAGGACUUGGACAUGAUUUGUUUAUUAUGUCGACUUCUGAAUUGUACAUGAAGUUGUUU